CAAAUUCAUUUGCAUUUCAUUUGGCAUUCUUUUCUUUUUCUUUUUUUUUUGAGUAUAAAUAUUUAACUACCAAAGAUCAAUUCAAUCCUUAAUUUAAAUAAUGACAGCAGCACAGGUCACCUUACAGCAGCAACAAAGCAGGAGGCCGGGCAUCUUGAUCGUUGGCGCUGGUCUAGGUGGAUUGUUCCUCGGAAUAAUUCUGGAAGAACUCGGCCAUCCAUACCAUAUUUUUGAGCGUGCAACAGAAGUGCGUCCUUUAGGAUCAACAAUGGCACUAGGUCCAGGUAUAUUACCAGUCUUUGAACAGCUUGACUUGCUAAAGGAGCUUGAAAAGUUUGCUUUACCAUGCCAUUCCGUCGAGAUUCACAACGCAAACAUGGAUCUUUUCGGGUCCAUCAAAUUCAUGGAACGAGAAAGAUCCGGGUACCCAAACCUUCUGUUCGAGCGGCCUGAUCUAUAUGACUUACUGCUCAGGCGAGUUCCCAAGGACAGGAUAAGCAUGGGCAAAAAAGUUCUUCGGACAGAGGAGGUCUCAGGACGGGUUUAUAUCCAUUGUGCGGACAAUACAACGUAUGAAGGGGAUAUUCUUGUUGGAGCAGAUGGAGCUUAUAGUGGAGUUCGACAGAGUAUUUACAGAGAAUUGAUGAAAAAGGGGAUGUUACCCAAAUCAGAUCAUGAGGACUUUUCAGUGGCGAAUAUAUCAAUGGUUGGGGUUGCUGAGAAACAGGAUCCAAAAAAGUAUCCACAGCUGAAUGACAAACAAGCUAAUUUCUCCACGACUCUAGGGCACAUGAAAACACGCACGGUGAUCAAUAUUCCAGACAAUCGUAUUUGUUGGACUAUAAACAUUCAGCUUUCAAAAGAAGAAGCCAAAGCACAACACUUCAGGAACUCGGAAUGGGGACCAGAAUCGAACGAGAAGAUGAUUAAGGAAUUUGAGCAAUUACCAUGCCCCUGGGGCGGAACCAUGGGAGAAAUUAUUCAUGCAACCCCCAAACAUUUGAUCUCCAAAGUGUUUUUAGAAGAAAAAUUCUUCAAGACAUGGUAUCACGGCCAAACCGUGCUCAUCGGUGAUGCCUGUCACAAGAUGCUUCCUGGUGCAGGUCUAGGUGCUGUGAAUGCGAUGCAAGAUGCAGUGGUUCUUGCGAACUGUAUCUCCAAGAUGAGUGAUGUAUCCCCACAGAACAUCACUGCAGCCUUUGGACAAUACUAUAAGCAACGGUAUCGUCAUGCUCUGUACUCGUUCACGAUGAGCAGGUUUUGGACCAAAAUGACUUAUGGUCAGACAUGGAGCGAGAGACUUCUUCGGCAGCAGGUGGUCAACUUUACACCAGAAUGGGUGUAUUUCAUGCUCUAUUUUAAAACAGCAUCCUAUCGGCCACAAAUUGCAUGGCUUCCACUUGCAGAGAACCGAGGCACAGUCCGGAUACUUCCACAAGAUGACAUUGGCAGUGAAACAAAAGCUGAUAUGAGUAAGAGUAGGUUCAAGAUUAAGAGUAAGAGUAAGAACAAGAGUAGAAAUAAGGAACAAGAUCAAGGGUAUAUUUGUGAGCAGGUAGAGAAAGAGAAGACCAAGCAAACAAUGGAGUCCAAGAAAGUUGAUGAUCACUUAUUAAUUGUAUAAUAAAGAGUAAAGCUAAACGCGA